AUGGUGAAGAUACGGUCUAGUUGUAGUUUCCUAAACAUCGAUUGCGUCACAAAUGUUACUGAUGCAAUUGAAGCAUGGGAAACUGUUAACUGGGUUCAUGUGCAAAAUAAGGCUUUUGGACUCAGUGAUACUUAUAGAUUUCUAAGAUCCACUCUACAGGGAGCUGCAGGAAGCUUCUGGAUAAGUUUAAAAGCUAGUACGGGUCUGUUAGAUAUUGUAAAGGACUUGAAGAAUGCAGAGGCUAUUUUUGCACUCUUCAAGGAUAUGCUCUGUCAAGAAUUUAAUGGGAUAACCAAAACCAGUAGGAAUCUUGUAGAGGUAGUUGCCUUAGAAGCUUUGAUAAAACUUAGGCUUUGUGACAUGUGUCUGUUUGAAAAUUUUGUCUGCGAAUAUAGACGAUAUUUCUAUCAGUUGCCUAGUGGCACACAAGAAGUCAUGAAGAAUACUUUCUCUGCUAAGCUUCCCUAA